AUGGCCCACGCUCAGCGGCCCAUCUAUCUCAGCUUGGCCUGGGCUUUGGUGGGCAGUCGCACCCGACCAGGCGCCGGUGGAGCCGCCGGACAUGGAGGGAUGGGCAGUGUUACCGGUUCCCGUCGAGGUGGAUGUGUUUUGACCUUUGGGCAUGGGGGUGCGAUGUCGUUUCAUGUUGGAGGAAUCGACGAUGGUGCGUCCAUGAGGAGUUUCUGCACUGAGGAGCUAACUUUGAAAACUCGGUUCCUUUCUGAGGAGCUUGGUAUAUUCUCCAAUGGAGAAGGCAUGUCAUUCGAUUCGUAUCCCGACGUCGCAUGCAAACGUCCCGCGGAGGUUGUGAGCUCUCCACACAUACGUGCCUGGAGCAGGAACGAGAUUCUCAUUUGCUUGGGGAUAUCUCCACAUGCACACACUGAGAAAGGGGCAGAAAAAAGCACACAUAUACAGGAAUUGGAACUGCAGAAGCGGUGGGGAUGA